GUUUAUUUGAAAACGAACGCCAGCGGAAGCGCGCGUUCGUGUUACGGCGCGCGAAAAACGUUAAUAAACAUACAAUUACGCGUCUUUAUUUGUCAAUUUACCAAAAACUGUGUUUGUGAGUGAAUAAAAAAUAAUGAAUAGUUAUUUAUUUAUUUAAUAAAGUGUUUUUAUUCAGUGUUAUUAAUGGAAUAAAACGUGAAACAGAUUACAAUGGAAGAUGCCCGUUUUGAAGAGGCUCCAAUUAAAAAAAUAACAACCCGCUACGACUACCGCGCUCCCCGAAGGUUAGACCAGUUGGAUGAAAUUGGACAGAACUUGGAAUUGCUUGGGAAAAAAAUUGGCAGAAGGUUUGAAAGUAAAGUUGGGCCAAGCAACCUGGAUACUAUAAGUUUCGAAAGCGAAAAAUUGAAAACUAGUCACAGUGAGAGCUCCUCUCGACGGAACAGCGAUGAUGGGGGACGAGCUGAAGGUCUUCGAGGCGAUGGUACCAGCUCAGAGCCUCCGACAGCGAGCGUGACAAAUUUCAACGCAUGGGGAGAACUCAACAGUUCCACAUCCACAACUCGGACAGAACUGAGCCUGUCUGAUGGUGGAGAGGAACAGACCACAAAAACUCGCCGUAGGAGCCAUGAGUCUGCUCUACCAGGCACACCGAUGCACCAGAGAGCUCCUUGGAAGUCAGCUGAUAGUCUGGUACCGGAGUCAGCAUUUGGCACUUCCCUGGCCGAUAUUAUGGAGAGUCCAGCUAAUAAGGUCCACCUUCGAGAUGACAUCAAGUCCAUCCGCUCAGACAGUUCUGAAGAGAAGAAGUCCAAGGGUUGGAGGUUUGUGAGAAACGUGACGUCAGCAGCUGGUGCCUUCACUGCAAAGCCUAAGGAGGCCUCGACGACAUUGCCUGGAACUCCUCAACCAAGUUUCCAGUCGAAACCGGACAGCAAAAAUUCAGACUACGGUAAGGAAGACAAGAAGCCAUCAUUGCCAUUUUAUCCAAACGAAAAAGAUGAAAACAUUGGAGAAACAAACUCAGAAGGUCUAGAACCAGAAUCUCUAUUAUUCCGCGACGGGAGAAGAAGAAUAGAUAUGGUGUUAGCUUAUGAAGAAGAAGAUUAUGGAGUCAUGACGGAGAAUGAAGCGAGAAAGAGAGAACACAGGAGAACAUUCCAAGAAAACUUAGUAAAAGAAGGUCUAGAAUUAGAAUUAGAAAAUAAAUGUCUAUCGUUUGACGAGAAGACUUGGUUCCUCAAAGUUCAUAUACCUUGGAAGACGGAAAUGAGGCUGGCGGAGGUGAUUGGCAUGAAGCUGCCUACAAGACGAUUUAUAACAAUAUCAGUAAGAGCAUGGAGUGAUGAAAAACAAGCCGAGAAGGAUAAGCACUGGUACUCAAAAUGGCGCCGGCGAUGGAAACAAUUGUAUGAAUACGAACAUACUAGGAUAACUCCAGAACCGUCUUUUUAUGGAGCUGCCGAAGAACGUGGAGCGAGACGAGAGGAAAUAUUCUUAGUAAAAGACCGGCACACACAGUUCUCACCAGCUCAAAGGAGUCUACUAGUCAUGCAGAUAUUACUACGAGCUAAAUAUGACAAUAAUGAGACCAAGAUGGGAAUCCGUCGACUUUUAAACGAUGGUACUUAUACAGCGUGCUUCCCUUUGCAUGAAGGAAGGUACGAAGUAAACUUGUCUGAUGGGACCGUCACUGAUAGAAGACUUUUAUAUCUAGAAUGGGCUCGUCCAGCUAAAUGGUACAAAAAACAACCUUUAUGGCUGGUCCGAAGGUACUUCGGUGAUAAGAUUGGCCUCUAUUUCUGCUGGCUGGGGUUCUAUACCAAGAUGCUGUAUGCACCAGCUAUAGUGGGGACGCUCUGCUUUCUAUAUGGAUUGGCUAGUAUGGAUUCUGAAGAUAAUAUUCCUAGCAAAGAGAUAUGCGACACAAAGGGGCCAGGCAACACGACCCUCUGUCCUCUCUGUGACAAAGCUUGUCAAUACCAGACGCUGUCAGACUCCUGUCUUUUCGCCAAGUUGACCUACCUCUUCGACAACCCUGCCACCGUCUUCUUCGCCAUAUUUAUGUCUUUUUGGGCUACUACAUUCCUUGAGCUUUGGAAACGGAAGCAGUCAGUGUUAAGAUGGGAGUGGGACAUGGGGGGUGUUGAUCAGGAUGAAGAUCCACGACCUGAAUUCGAGGCUUCAGUAAAGACAUUCCGAACUAACCCAGUGACCAGAGAGAAGGAGCCUUAUUUACCCAACUGGCAAAAAACUGUGAAAUACGUAGCAAGCAGCUCCGCUGUGUUAUUCAUGAUCGCGAUAGUUAUGGGCGCUGUCCUAGGCACCAUUAUCUACAGGAUAUCAAUGGUAUCCGUCAUUUAUGGCGGCACGGGAAUCUUCAUCCAACGCCAUGCCAAGAUCUUCACCACCAUGACCGCUGCCAUCAUCAAUUUAAUCAUCAUCAUGAUUUUGACUAGGAUAUAUGCAAAAAUAGCAGUAUACCUGACCAACAUGGAGAACCCACGGACACAGACAGAGUAUGAAGACUCUUACACCUUCAAGAUAUUCUUCUUUGAGUUCAUGAACUUCUACUCCUCACUGAUCUACAUAGCCUUCUUCAAAGGCCGUUUCUACGACUACCCAGGCGAUGAUCAAGCGAGGAAAUCGGAAUUUUUCAAACUUAAAGGUGACAUUUGCGACCCGGCCGGCUGUCUUUCAGAGCUGUGCAUACAACUGGCCAUCAUCAUGAUCGGAAAGCAAUUUGUCAACAACUUCGUCGAACUCGGAUACCCGAAAUUCCACAACUGGUGGCGGCAGAGGUCUCAUAGAGCUGUCACCAGGGACCUGACUAAGCCUCAUAUGGCUUGGGAACAAGAUUACCAUUUACAAGACCCUGGAAGACUGGCUUUGUUUGACGAGUAUCUGGAAAUGAUUCUCCAAUACGGUUUCGUAACGCUCUUUGUGGCUGCGUUUCCCCUCGCGCCCUUGUUUGCUCUCCUCAACAAUAUCGCGGAGAUACGACUGGAUGCCUACAAAAUGGUGACGCAGGCUCGCAGACCCUUGGCUGAGAGAGUCGAAGAUAUUGGAGCUUGGUAA